AUGCUGACUUUUAUCCAGCUGAUGAUUUUGCUUCUUUGGACGAGCAUUAGCUCAGCUGAUGCAGAGAAACUUUUUCAUAAUCGGGAUCGUUCUGAUGUGCAGAACGUCAACUCUCACCUUGCAGAGGUUAUAAACGACAAGUACACAGCAGAGUUAUUUCUAUCUAGAUAUGGAUUCAUUAAGCCAAUGAACUGGGAGGAGAUCCAGUUUGAAGAUUCAGACCCGUCUUUUAAGGAUGACUACCUGGAUGAUCUUCAAGACCAGAUCCAGGAAGGAACCUCAGUGCAUCAGUCAAGAGAUAAUCCUCAUAACGGUGAUCCAGAUGACCACAACAGUCCAACCGAGAGCCAAGCUUUUAUUUCAGCACUUAAAGAGUUUCAGAGAGUAUCGGGUCUGCCUGCCACAGGUGUGUUUGAUGAGGCCACCAAGGUGGCGAUGAACAAACCAAGGUGUGGGGUCCCUGAUAAGGAGAUUGGCCUGGACACUAGUGAAGCACCUGAGACCAGUAAUGCCCUACAUACUGAAAACAGUCCCAAUGACACUUUUAAUAAGAUUGAUGGUAACAACACAAUCAGCAACUCUUCCUUUGAAGACGACUUAUUCAAUGUUAAUGACACAGAAAGUGUUCUCACUGGCAUUUACAAUGACUCCAGCAUGAAUAACACAGAUUUUUUUGAUCUGCUUUUAAAUAAUACUUCUCUAAACAGCUCACAUGAUAUGAACAUGAGCAGUCAAAUGGUAAAUCUCAGCAUGAACGCCAGCCAGAGUGGCGCGGUGCAACGCAGUAAACGUCCCCCCACAGCUCCUGCAUCCAAAAGCAGGCGCAAGAGAGAUUUGAGUGAAACAGGCUACAUGGCUUUUUCUAGCAAGGUGUUGAGAUGGAGGCUGAUAGGAGAAGGCUACAGCAGUCAGCUGACCAUUGAAGACCAGAGGUACAUCUUCAGACUGGCCUUCAGGAUGUGGAGCGAGGUGUCUCCGCUGGAGUUUGUGGAGGACACACAUUCCCCGCUGGAGGAUAUCGAUAUCAGGCUGGGCUUUGGUACAGGAAGGCAUCUGGGUUGCAAUCAGAGGUUUGAUGGCACUGGUCAAGAGUUUGCGCACGCCUGGUUCCUGGGUGACAUACAUUUUGAUGACGACGAACAUUUCACAGCUCCCAAUGCUGGCAGUGGGAUCAGCCUUCUCAAAGUAGCAGUUCAUGAGAUCGGCCAUGUUUUGGGUCUCCCCCACAUCUACAGACCUGGCUCUAUAAUGCAGCCCAGCUACCUGCCUCAGGAGUCAGGCUUUGAGAUGGACUGGAUGGACAGGAAGGCAAUACAGCACCUAUAUGGCGGCUGUAAGGGUCGAUUCAACACAGCCUUUGAUUGGAUCAGAAAGGAGAAGACGUCCUAUGGGGAGGUGGUGAUCCGCUUUAACACCUAUUUCAUGAGAGACGGCUGGUACUGGCUGUAUGAGAACAGAAACAACCGAACACGCUUUGGAGAUCCAGUUGCGCUGCAGGUUGGCUGGCGUGGAAUUCCCAGGGACGGAGUGGAUGCGUACGUGCAUGUGUGGUCCAGAAAAAGAGAUGCUGUUUACUUCUUUAAAGGUGCUCACUUCUGGAGGUAUGAUAAUGAGAAUGACCAGGUGUUCAGACAGGACCCUGAAGGUCACAGCUAUCCAAGGCUAAUCUCUGAUGGUUUCCCAGGGGUGUUCGGUCCUAUUGACACAGCCUUCUACGACAGGAGGGACUCUCGUAUCUACUUCUUCAAAAACACUCUGGUGUAUGCUUUCGACGUGCAAGCCAACAGCUUGGCAAGAGGCUUCCCCAAAAACAUCAGAGAUGUUUUCCCUCCAGUGGUGAGCGGAGACCAUCCAGAUGGCAACAUUGACGCUGCCUACUUCUCCUACACCCACAAUGCCAUCUUUCUACUCAAGGGCACGCGCUUUUGGCAGGUGGUGGGCAGCCGUGAUCGCUGGCGCCGGCCCUUUCUGCCGCGAAAUGGCCUUCUGCCACACAAGGAGGUGGAUCAACAGUGGUUCGACAUCUGCAACGUUCAUCCCACUGCACUCAAACUAACACGCUAA